CGAUGGUGUGUCUGUGGCUUAUGAAUUGAUUUGCUCAUUUAUUUACUUACACACUUUUUUCUUUUUUUCUUUUUUUAAUUGCGCUACCGGUUCUUCACUGGAUUAAAAGUAACCCACCGGCACUGUCACCGAUCAUCAGAACUUUUUAAUCCACCCCACGCUACCUUCUGUGACUGAGAAAUGAAUCCUCUCCCACUGUGGACUUUGCUGUGUGCUGUGGCGCUUUUUUCUUCUGCUUUUGGGGAAAACGCGUCUGUUAAAGAUGGAGACGGCGAACUAGACGAGUUGGUGACAACCGUCGCACCUUCUGGUAAUCUAAUAAAGUACGACAUGAGAAAGAACCCAGAUCUCGAUCAGGAAGGCUGCUACCUGCAGGUGGACAAGAAAGAGUGUCUAGAGGAGUGUGGCUUUAAUGCUACAGCGAAGACCAUCUUCAUCAUCCACGGCUGGACGGUCAGCGGGCUGUAUGAGAGCUGGCUGUACAAGAUGGUGUCUGCAGUGAUACAGCGUGAAAGCGAGGCCAAUGUGGUGAUUGUCAAUUGGCUCCCCUUGGCUAUGCUGCACUACCCUGAUUCUGUAAACCACACCCGCACUGUUGGUAUUGAUAUUGCCAACAUGCUCAACUGGCUUCAGGAUGAGCAGCAGCUACCAUUAGAAAAUGUGCACCUGAUUGGCUACAGUCUGGGUGCGCAUGUAGCGGGCUUUGCUGGAACGUAUGUACAAGGGACCAUUGGCAGAAUUACUGGUUUAGACCCAGCAGGACCAAUGUUUGAGGGUGUGAAGGAAGAGAAUCGCCUCUCACCAGAUGAUGCUGAUUUUGUGGAUGUACUACAUACCUACAACAAAGAGACCUUGGGUGUGAGCAUUGGGAUCAAACAACCAGUUGGGGACAUUGACAUCUACCCCAAUGGUGGUGAAGUCCAGCCAGGCUGCACACUGAGAGAUGUUCUUGCAGUGACUGGAAAUAUCAUGGAAGUCAUGAAGUGUGAUCACGAGCGUGCUGUGCACCUGUAUGUGGACUCCCUGAUAAACAAAGACCACAUGAGUUUAGCCUUUCAGUGCACGGGUCCCAGUCGCUUCAACAAAGGCAUCUGCCUCAGCUGCCGGAAGAACCGCUGCAACAACAUCGGCUACAAUACAAAAAAGAUGCGAAAGAGGCGCAACAGUAAAAUGUACCUGAAGACGCGUGCUAUCACACCCUUUAAAGGAUACCAUUAUCAAAUGAAGAUGCACGUGUUCAGUAGAAAAGGCUUUGACGAUGCAGAUCCCACCUUUCAAAUGAUGUUGUCGGGCACCACUACAGACACGGAGAACAUUUAUGUUGCUUAUCACGAAACCAUCGGCCUGAAUCAAACAAACAGCUUCUUGGUGUUUACUGAGCAGGAUAUUGGUGAACUGUUGAAGCUCCGUCUGACUUGGGAGGGACCAUCUGGUUCCUGGAGCUCCAUCUGGAAGAACAUGAGGCAGUCUCUCUGGUCCCGGAAUACCAAACUUCCAGAACCCGUGCUACAAGUGAGGAGGAUUCGCGUGAAAGCUGGAGAAACGCAAAAGAAAUUUACUUUCUGUGCUGAAGAUCCUUCAAAAACUGAAAUUUCUCCUGGGACAUCAGUGACGUAUGUGAAAUGUCGUGAUGGCUGGGAAGUGAAACCAAGGACACGGGUGUCAAUAUAAGUGCACAGCACCUCCAACAACAACACGGGACCAUCAAACAUAAGGGAGAAACACUCAAAUCUCACUUAUUGAUGCACUUUUGGAGGACUGAUCAGCACACAGUGGGAAGAGUUCAACUUUUCAGAGCUAUAAGGUACUUGGAUGGUUUCCAUGUGGUGGUCGGAUGGAAAUCUGUUAAUGUUGCUUGACGCGUAUGUGCCGAAAAAGAUCGUACAUCUGCAGUUUACUACAUUCACCGCACUGCGUUUUUUUUUUUUUGGUUUGUUUUAUUUAUGAAAAGUGGAAGCACUGCAAAACCGAGCUUAUUUAUCAGAACACAUCCCAUAAUGAAGCCUGUUGAAUGAGUUUUCAUAGAUGCAGUAUUUGUAAUUGUUUGACUGAGAAAGAAGUUUAGUGUGCCUUUCUGCUGAAAUUAUACUUAUAACGCUGUACAAACAAAGAUGUGCAUGUGUGUGUGGCUUAUUUUGGGGUGUGUUCAUGUACAUAAUGUAAAUAUUGUGUAAAAUAAACUGAACUUGUAUUUUCUAA